AGAAUAUAAAACCGAAUCAGGGUGUCAAUUAACACUACUGUCAGGGCAAUAUGAUUCGGUCUAGGGUAAGUACUGGGACUGCUGAGGUCUGGAGACGAUUCUCAACGUCUGUAUUUGUUCAACGACGGUUUGUGCAAAUAGCUGCGACGCGUCAUCGAGCCGUCUCGGUAAUUGAUCUGGUAGUAACACCUGAAAAUACUAGCUUUCCCACUUGGGAAGAUCGGGGUGGAUCUACCAAGACCAAUAGUAUGCCACCGCUCCAGAAAAGUAUCCAGAAGUUGCGGGAAGACAAUCCAAACUGUGUAUUGCUUAUCCAAGUUGGAUCAUUUUAUGAACUCUAUGGAGACCAAGCACAAGAAUACGCCCCUAAAUUGGGACUAAAGGUUGCAUUAAAACGCACAAGGAUGAACGAUUCAGAUGGUAUAUCGAUGGCUGGAUUCCCAAUCUACCAACUAGAGAAAUAUGUUACGAUGUUGGUGCAUGAAAAUGAAGAAACUGUAGCCAUCAUCGAUCAAAUUGGUGAAAAGAAACUCGGGGACAGUCUCGUAUUGAGAAGGGUAUCACGAAUUGUCACUCCAGGUACGUUAAUAGACGAAACAUUCUUGAAUUAUAACAAGAAUAACUACUUGUUGGCAUUGGCAUUGCCCAAACAAUUGGCGGUCAGUGGUGAGCAUGCUGAUCCAGACACCACUGUCGGGUUGGCUUGGGCUGAUCUCUCACUUGGUGAAUUCAAUAUUCAAGAAACAACCCUAAAGGAUCUCAUGUCGGACAUAGCUAGAAUCAGUCCUAGUGAGAUUGUUAUUUCUAAAGAAUUCCAACAACUACAUGAAGUAAUGAGCCACGACUCCCUACAAGAACUCCGCAGAUAUUUUGUACGAUAUCAUAACUAUCAGGGAGAUUCAUCAUUAUUUAAUCUAGCUACAAAUUUCAAAAUAGAGAAACUGUCUCUUAAAAGACGGAUGGGUCUGUUGACUCUCAAACAAACAACUGCAAUGAAAAUGGUCCUCUCGUACAUUGCGGUCAACUUGCCUGAAUGCAAUCCGGUGUUUGACUUCCCCAAGACGCAUUGGAAUAACCAGGCGUUGCAGAUGGAUCCACGUACACGUGAAGCCUUGGAGUUGAGUUCCAGAACAACUGCUGAUGGAAAGAUUUCACAAACGGCAACGUUAUUAUCCACCAUACGGAAAACUAGAACUCAGCUGGGAUCUAGAAUGCUUCUCCAGUGGAUUAGUGCUCCACUUUUGGACAUAGAGGAACUUACAAAGAGACAAGACUUUGUGGAGCUAUUCCAAAAGAAUAAUAUCUUGUCGCUCAAAAUCAGAACUCAAUUAGACUCAACUGGUGACUUUGCUCGAUCAGUUCAACAAUUAUCACUUGGAUCUGGUGAUAGUUUGAACCAUAUUAUGUUGAUUGGAGAAGGGUUAUCUCAAGGUUCUAUAAUCCGAGAUAUUUUAUAUGACGGGGUUCCAGAGAAGUAUUCAGAGUUGAUUAAGACAUUUGAUAUGAAGUCAUUAGAUGGUAUGGCCAAUAAAAUCUUCAGUAUUGUAGAUGAACGGUUACGUAAUGAUCGAGAUAAAUUUACAGAUCAAUCUUCCAAUGAUAUUCAAACUCCUGCACCAAAGAAGGAUGAUCAAAAGGAUACUCGAGAGAGAAGAAGCUUUUUCAUUCAGAAAAAUCAUACUGAGGAGUUGAUGGAAGCUCAUGAUUCUCUUGCACAAUGUUUUAAAGAACGUCGAGAAAUUUUUAAUGACUUUGCAACCAAGACAAGUGAUUUACAACUUGAUAUUUCUAAAAAGGAAGAAUAUCUCAAACAUACUGAUAUCAUUCACUUCUCGGGUACUGCUGCCAAUAUUGAUGCGGCCAUUGAAGCAUUGUCCAUUCAACCUCAUGAAAUCCAAGAAAGAAGGCCUCGAACGUUGGUGGUUAAGACGUCAGCAUGGAUGCAAGUUCAUCUGCGGAUUGAUCUGUACAUUCUGAGAAUUGAUAGCCUUGAACGAGAAAUCAUUUCUCGCUUAAGGUUAGAAAUAUUAGAAGAAAUUCAAACGAUUCGUGAAAUUGGACGACAAUUGGAUUUCCUUGAUGUAACUGCUUCAUUUGCAGUUCUUGCUAGUGAGAAAAAUUUAGUUAGACCAAUUUUCACUCGUCGUAACACUCUUGAAGUGAAACAGGGAAGACAUCUUGUGGUGGAAAAUGGCUUGGAAAGUUCUGGAGAUUUGUUUACUCCAAAUGAUACUAAAUUAGGAGGCAAAACCAACCGGUUAUGGGUUAUUUCUGGACCUAAUAUGGGUGGUAAAAGUACUUUUCUUCGUCAAAAUGCAAUCAUUGUAAUAUUGGCACAAAUAGGCUCAUUUGUUCCAGCAACACACUGUAAAAUGGGGAUAGUAGAUCGGAUAUUCACUCGAAUUGGUGCGCUGGAUGACAUUUCGAGGGAUUUAAGUACCUUCAUGGUAGAAAUGGUGGAAACUAGUGGUAUAUUGGAAAAUGCAACUACCAAGUCUUUAGCUAUAGUUGACGAAAUUGGCAGAGGAACAAGUGGGGAUGAAGGGUUGGCCAUAGCAUAUGCAUCAUUGGAACAACUUCUUCUGGUGAAUAAAUGUAGGACAUUAUUUGCAACUCAUUAUGGUAUAGAGUUAGACCGGUUACUCACUGAAGAUGGGAAGGAUAAAAGCGCCGUGGAAUAUUUCCAAACCGGCGUUUUGGAAUCAUCAGAGAAUCGAUUUAUUGCCGAUCAUAAACUUCGUCCAGGUAUUAGCGAAAGGUCAUAUGCCAUAGAAGUUGCCAAGAUGGCAGGUUUCCCCAGUAGAGCUAUCAAGAGUGCAGAGAGGGCAAUUGGGUUGAUCAAAAAGAGAAAUGGGUUAUAGAUUUAUAAAUUCAUAGUUUAAUAUUUUUUAUCGUCAUGAAGUCAAGAAAGACCGUUUGGUUCCACAUUCCGUUGUAUUCUCUAUAUAUGCAAUUAAUUAUCUAUGAAGUUU